AUGGUCACCGGUAAAUCGCAGCCUGGCGCCGAGCCAAUCCAACCAUUCCCUGCUACCUCUCCUGAACCCGCCGGCUCGAGCUCUCCACCCUCUAGGCGUGAUCUCGCUUCGUGGUGGAGACAGUUCAAACGGAACACGAGGAAGGAUGAACUCAAAGACACUCCUCGAGGCAUCUUCAGUGUACCCCUCAAUGUCAGCAUCAAGUACGCCAACGUCGCCAUUUCUUUGACCAAUGACCACGGCGAGAGCUUCAUUUAUGGAUACGUGCCGAUUGUUGUCGCCAAGUGCGGUGUGUUCCUCAAGGAAAAAGCAACGGAUGUCGAGGGCAUCUUCCGUCUCAAUGGGUCAGCCAAACGCAUCAAGGAUCUGCAAGAGAUCUUUGAUUCUCCCGAACGGUAUGGAAAGGGGCUGGAUUGGUCCGGUUAUACUGUGCACGAUGCGGCCAAUGUCCUCCGUCGGUACUUGAACCAGCUGCCCGAGCCGAUUGUCCCUUUGGAAUCCUAUGAGCGGUUUCGCGAGCCCUUGCGGAUCUACCAGAAACAGGUCCAGGACAACCAGGAAACGACCGAUGCAGAGAAAUUUGACCACACUAAGGCGGUCGAAACCUACCAACGCCUGAUCAUUGAGUUGCCUCCGCUGAACAAGCAGCUACUUCUCUACAUCCUUGAUCUCCUCGCUGUAUUCGCCUCCAAGUCCGAUCAAAACCGCAUGACCUCAGCCAAUCUGUCCGCCAUCUUUCAACCCGGAUUACUCUCUCAUCCCCAGCACGACAUGUCCCCGGAGGAAUACAAGUUGAGCCAGGAUGUCUUGAUCUUCUUGAUCGAGAACCAGGAUCAUUUCCUUUUCGGGAUGAGUGGCACCGCAGCAGACGAACAAACUAUGAAGGAGGUUGAAGCCGGUGUGGCCUCGUGGCCGACCUCGCACUCCAAUAUCCGGCGCUCGGUCUCGAGCGCUAGCGGGAGCACCGAAGGCCCCCGCAAGCUGGACACGCUGCGCCGCAAUGUCUCUGUGUCAUCCCGCAACUCCCGCAACUCGAAUACAGCCCCCAGCCCAGGAACUCCUACAUCCAUGUCUGGUGGUGUCCAUCGAAGUAAUACCUUACCAUCGAAGAUGGGCCCUGUCAUCACCUCUGCUCGCUUUGCGCGAUCAAAUGAAACCGGCUCGGCCAAUCCGUCCGGUCUCUCUGUUUCCCACCAUAGCUCCCGGUCGGCGAGCCGAACUCCUUCAGUCCGUGAGGAGAGUGAGCAGCCAAACCCCAACCAACCGACGUCGGGGUCAUCCACGCCAGGGAACUCAUAUGUUCACACAUCAACCCACGGUCCUGUACCUAUGGCGGCAGCUGGACGCAUGAGUCUUAGCGAGACCCCUCGACCCCAGGAGAACCUGCAACCUCCAACCUCUCCACCCCCGCAGGUGGUGACACCGACCCGCGAACGCAAACUCUCCAGCUUGUUCGCCAAGUCUCCGCCUGCGGAUGGGGAGCAAAAGGAAAUCCGGCAACCAAAUCGACUGAGGAAGAAACGUAUUCCCGGAAGCGCCAGUGUGAGUGCACAAAGCUCAUCCAAUUCUCUACACAACCCAGUCUUGGAAUCCAAUCCAGACACGGGGUCGGAGUCCAAACAAGAGCGACGCUCGGUGGACGUCGCAGUGGGAGAGACCACCCCGCGUCCUAGCAACACCGCAACUCUGGGCGCUCGGGAGAACCCGUCGGACCUGAACCCGGCGCUAGGAGAAUCCAGCUCGCAACCCAACACCGAACACUCCCUUCGACCACAUCAAUCCCGUACUCCGUCCAUGAACUCCCGCUCCUCUUUCACCGAUCAGUCGGAUCUCGAUCAGCCCGAGGACGGGACCCGUUCAGACCGCCGCGAUAACCGCCGCAGUUGGCGGUUUCCGCGCUCCUCCAAGCGAAGUAGCGAUCAGAUUGGGCUAGGUGUCGCGUCCCCACCUCUACUGGCGACCAAUCCAGGUGCAGAGCAGAGCAGCAGCUCGAUCGGUAGCGGUCAGCAUCAAACCGCGGACCCGUCCAGCCAACCCCUCAGCUUGGAUGCUGGGGUUCAAGGCCAAAAUGCCACUGCCUCCGACUCGGAGAAGAAAAGUCUGUUUGGAAAGUUCAAAGCCAAAGUCGCCUCGGUUCGUGACGGAGGGAAGGAUGAACGAGAACGAACCAAGAGUCCAAACCGACCAGACACAGACCCCUCGGCCACCACCCAACCCUUGUCCCCUGUGAAUGCAGAACAAGCCAACGGCAAGUCUCCUUCAAUCGAAGUACCCCAAGAGCCUGCCAAAGAGGAGUCUGUCCGCUCCCCGGUUUCACCCCUUUCUGGAUCUGGUCUUCCCCCUGCGAUUCCCGAGGAACCGCACAGUCCAGAGGCACCCUCUGCCCCUGUUGCAGACUCACCCAAAGAGGAUGCGCAAGCACCACCUAGCGAAAGUGUACCUACGUCUGAGCCGACCAUAUCUGACCCACCGAAGGAGACUGGGCCUUCGAGUUGA